AUGAUGCAAUCAAUCAAUAAUUCACUUAAUCAACCAUCAAGCAUUCCAGCUACUAUGUUGCAAGUGGUUGACGAUAAAAUAAGAGUCCACAAGGAAAUCGGAAGUGGUCUCCAGAGUCGUGUAUUCCUCGUUUCAUAAUAUAAACCUACAAGUGGUACUGCUGCCAAUUCUGAUGUUUCCAGCACAGAAUCAGCCUAUACUGAGGAGAAUUUGUUCGCAAUGAAGACCUUCGAAAAGGACGAGUUUAAGGCUUUAGGUCUGAGAGAGUAUUAGUUACUUAAAAAUAUAGAGGCUCAUGACAAUAUCAUCAAAGUUUACAAUCACUCCCAUAAUGGAUUGAUGUCUGCCAAAAAUUACCCUAAUUCCGUUGUCAACUUUAGCUAGUAAACUGCUUCAACUUACUCGACGAAAAAUGACUAGCCAAAACUUGACAAAGGCUUCGACUAUAUGACCAUGGAAUUUUGCUAAAACGGUGAUCUUUUUAACUUAGUUAAAAAGCAUGGCAAGCUUUCAGAGAGUUUAUCUAAGAAUCUGUUCCAUCAGUUGCUAAAUGGCUUAGAAUACCUUCAUAGUAAAGUUGAGGUUGCUCACCUUGAUCUCAAGUUAGAAAAUAUACUAGUUUCUUCAAGCUAUUCUCUCAAACUUUGCGAUUUCGGCUUUUAUGAAGAGACUAACAGGAAAAUCAACAAAAACAGAGGAACUCAUGGAUACAGAGCCCCAGAGACAUAUAUUCAAAGCAAUGAAGGAUAUGAUGGAGUCAAGGCAGACUUCUUCUCUUUGGGAGUAAUUCUAUUUAUUAUGAUAUUCGGAGUGCCUCCUUUUAAUCAGGCAACAAGAGAAGAUGGACUCUAUCGCUUGUUUUAUAGAGGUUCAUAGAGUUACAAGUAUUUCUUGCGACUCCAUUUGGGAACUAAGCAACAGUUUCAAGAGGGAAAGAUUGACCAUGAAUUGAUCGAGUUGCUUUUCGCCCUUAUGGAUGAAAAUCCAGCCAUGAGACCCUAGUCUAUAGCUGAAAUUCGAUAAUUCUCUUAUCUGACGAAGGAUCUCAUCUCUUAAGAUGAAUUCGGCUCAGAGAUGGAACAAAUUUAUUCAAAAAUUGAACAAGAAAAUUCUUAAUAAAAUGGAGUAGCAGUGGAGAUCUAAUGA